UAGUUUGUACUAGUUGCCGAGAGAACUAACAAGAACUCAUCUGGGUGUCUUCUGUUGUCUACUGCUGCGAAAUGCCGCAAAUCAUGCAGCUCUUUCCCGAUUCAAACUCUUUUAUACCGCCCCAAAACGAAAGAUUCGUCACUGCCGCUGGUAGCAAGGAUCGGUUGCCAUAUUUAGACAUUACUGCAUGGCCAUUGAUUGGUUGCUAUUUUUAGCCUAUGACUGAGUCGGCUAUAAAAGCUCCAAGUUGUUCCUUCAAAUGUCAGUGAGUGUGUUGUUACGUUCCAGAUUAGGUGGGGAACUGUAGGCGGAUCCUGAGGGCAGUGAAACAAUGAGUAUACAAAGUAUCAAGUUGGUGAUUGUUGGAGAUGGAGGGGUAGGGAAGAGCUGCCUCCUCAUCACUUACAACACAGAGGCAUUCCCCAGUGAAUAUGUUCCCACUGUGUUCGACAACUAUGCUUCCAACAUCAUGGUGGAAGGGAAACCAUACAACGUUGCAUUCUGGGAUACGGCUGGACAGGAGGACUACGAUCGUCUCCGCCCACUGUCCUACCCACAGACUGACAUCUUCCUGAUGUGCUUUGACAUUGACAACAGGGCUUCUUUCGAGAACAUCUCUGAAAAGUGGUUUCCAGAAGUCAGACAUUUCUGUCCCGACAUACCUAUCAUCCUUGUAGGCACAAAAACUGAUCUUCGCACUGACACAGCAUCUAGGUGUGUCUCCUGGCAGGAGGGGCAGCAACUUGCCAUGAGUUUGAAUGUUCCUUACCACGAGACCAGCUCACUGAAGCAUGUAGGACUGAAAGAGCUCAUGAACCAUGCAAUACAACUUGGAGGCCAGAGUUCAAAAGCGCAGCAAAAAAAAGGAGGCUCCCUCGGCAAGUGGUUCCCUUCCUGGCUGAAAGGGAAAAAGUCCAACUCUCUCCCACCUCCUCCUGUUAUGCCUCCUGCUGGUCAGGCUCCGUGGAUUGAGAUUGAGACCUCCACCAUUGCUGAUCACAUGACUCAGCUGCUGAAGUCAGGUGACUACAGUGACGUGACCUUUGUGGUGGAGGGGUCACACCGUGUCCCAGCACACAAACUGGUCCUCUGCAGUGCCUCUGAAUUCUUCCAGAACCUCUUUGGGGUUCAAUCAUCAAAUAAGAAAGGCAAAUCGUCCAAGAGUACCCCAAACUUUGCUGCUGGCUGUGCAGGGGUUGCUGGGAUUGAAGAGGGGACAUCAGGGACUGUGGUUACCCUGAGAGAAGACAUCAGUCUCGAGAUCUUCACACAUAUCCUGGAAUUUCUGUACUCAGGCCUUCCAGUCCUGACUGAAGCUCCGACAGAAGAGAACCUGACCAGACUCACAGCUGCAGCUGAACUGUUCCACCUGCCGUACCUCAGCCAGGUGUGCGAUAACAUCAGCCGUAAAGAGGAGUUCCUGAACCCCAGCAUCGGCACCUACCUGAAUGAUACCACGGGACAGAGGAUCAAAGAGCUGUUCUUUAACAAGCCAGAGCUCUCUGAUGUCAGCUUUGUUGUAGAAGGUACCACAGUCCAUGCGCAUAAGGCCAUCUUGACCUGUAGGUCAGAGGUUAUGGGGGUCAUGUUUGGAGGCAGCUUUUCUGAGAGCUCAAGUUCUAAGGUUCCAGUGACAGGGACAUCUGCAGAUGUGUUCCUGGCUCUCCUGGAGUACCUCUACACUGACCACGCACCCAUCGAGGAGGUGGGACCGCUGGACAUCCUGCCGCUGGCUGACCAGUACGGACAGACGCGGCUCAUCAGCAUGUGUGAACUGUACACUACAAAGGAUGUGGACCGAGACACAAGAGAGAGUAUCGAGAAGUCUUCCACUGAUGUGAUUGGUCUACUCGUCUUGGCACAGAUGCACAAUGCACCCCAGCUGUCCUCCUGGUGUCUACAUUUCAUCUCCACCAACUACACUGCGAUUAGUAAGAGGCCAGAGUUCAGUCUGCUACAAGGUGAGAACCUGGAGCAUGUGGAGGAGCAUCGCUGGCCACCUGUGAGCUACCUGCAGCAGGUGGAGGAGUAUGAGGUCAUGCUGAAGGAGAGAGGACACAACACGGACAAGUGUGCCAUCAUGUAGCUUGUCAUAGUGAAGCAUAGCCUGGGUACCAAUAUCUGUAUGCCUGGUAUGAGAGCCCCAGCAUACAAAUAGGAUGGUACCCAGGCUAGCUAAAGGAGAGAGGACACAGCAAUUGAGAAAUCAAAAUUGAUUUCUGCUUGGAGAAUACUGCUCUGUACUCAACAAUUUUUCUUGUUUUUAUAUUUGACGUGUAAUAUACUUGUAUGUUUAAUGUACAGUGUGUUUGGAAUUCUGUUACCUAUUUCUAUUAUCUUUCCAUUAUGCUAUUCCCACCAUUGUAAUGGACUUAAAUCUAUCUUUGGAUCUAUGUGCUGGUACAUAUAAAAUGUAAGAUUUUAAAGGCUGACUUAAAGGUCACAUACUUGUAUAAAGUAUAAUGUGCAAAGGCUUAGCUAGAAAAGGGAAAUACAGGGAGUACAAUGCCAACACAGGUUUUUGCCUUAGACUACUUUUCCUAAAAGCAUACCAGGACCUGAAAUUCACAUCUUUCCUGAAAAAUUCUUUUGUGCAAUGCUCCUAUUCUGUAGAGUAUGCUACAUGGUAUGACUGACUGGGAAACACAGUGACUACCUUGAUAUAUUAGAACCCUGUUGAAUCAUGAAGUUGCAAACUUACAAAUCUCGCAUACCACCAGAUGAAGAUUAUAACGUUAGACAAUCAUGAGAAGGCUCUUUGCAGUACUUAAAAUCUUGUCGAAGUGCAGAAAAGGGUGACCCACUAAUUUUAUAAGCAAGACAUACAGCACGGCUCUGUUGACAUAUAUCAAUAUCAAUUCACUACCAUAAUUAAAGAAAAUCUCGACAA